AUGGUGAGGGGCUCCACGGGGCCAGGAACCGGGUGCCACGGGGAGCGGUACUUCGUGGACCUGACCAGCAUGAAGGAGCACUUUAGGUCCAAGGUGCACAAGAAGAGGCUGAAGCAGCUGCGGGAGGCACCGUACACACAGGAGGAGGCAGAGCGCGCCGCCGGGAUGGGCUCCUACAUCCCCCCGAAGAAAGUGGAAGUGCAGACCCAACCGCUCGAGGAGGUCACCGAGAUGGAGGCGUCCAGCUGA